UCGACGCUGCGAGUUUUCGGCGGCGCCCGGCUACCCAUUCUGGCCGGGACGAAGGCCGGGAGGGGAGCCAGGCGGCAGCGCAGCGGCCCCGAAGGGAAGCCGCUCUUCUCCCGGCGGGCCCUCUCCGAAAGCCGCGCGUCUGCUGCCGGGCCGUCCUCUGGCAGCACCUGCGCCGCUCCCGGCGGGCGGCUGGCAGCCCCGCGGGAGUGGGCGGAGGGCAGCCUCGCUCGCUUGGCGGGAACAGGGAAGACGAGGCUGCCUGCUGCCGGCUCCCUCCGAGACCGGAGAAGGGGAAGAGGCGGAGAAGAAGCUGUGGCGGCGGCAGCUGCUGCCGUGACUCGACCCCAGGCAGCGGGGAGCCGAGAGAGGAGCUGCUGCGUGCAAACAUCGCCACAGGGACAGCAGAGGAGGUGGCUCCGGUUUAUGUGAGGACUGAGGAACAACACACACACACACAGAGCCGUAAGGCAACGGGCGAUGUUGGCGGCUGUUUCCCAAAGGCGAAGGGAGGGCCAAUUUGCCGCCAGGAAUUCGAGAGAGUUUGUACGCUGCCUCGGGAAGUGAGGGCAAGAAUGUGCUUCAGCCCCACCUUCUCCGCCGCCGCCGCCACCUCGCGCUCUCCCUGCCGCUUGCCCUCCUCACAAGCGAAGCUGACUGGAAGUGAAGGGACGCGGGUUGCUGCUGCUGGUGGUGGUCGCGCUGUGCUUGCGCCGCGGGAGCGAGCUCUGCCGCCGCUGCUGCUGCUCCGGCUGCCGCACCUGGCCUGGGCCGCUGGGGGAUGUGCAGCAAACGCCGCCUCCUGAACUCCACUACUUCUCCCGCGCGCUCUACGGCUCCGGCUGCUGCCCGCGGUCUCUCUCUCUCUCUCUCUCUCUGCCUCCGUCGCCCAGGCGCUGCCCGGUUUGGCGGGGAAGACGCCAAGGAGACUUCUUGCUGGCGAAGGAUAAGCGCCAAGCGGUGCCAUAGCCGGAGCUAGGAAGGAGGAGAAGCGAAUCCCGAAGAGGAGGCGGGGGAGCGGGCAGGCGGAGAGCAGGAGCGGGCAUCUCCCUCCCUCCCUCCCUCCCCGCCCUCCGUCAGCAGGACUUUGGGCUGCUGGGCUGGAGCUGCCUUGCCAUCGCGGAGGAGAGCCCUGCGCCCUUAACAAGUCAGAACACAUUUAAGAAGAAAUAUCUAUUCAUCCCUUUUGCAUCUGGAGCCUUUUUACCAUAUCACUGAUCUCUCUUAUAAACUCUGAAGCUUUUGAGCACUGAAGACUGGCAGACAUAAAUUCUUCUUUGAAUGUUCUUGGUCUAAAGUAGAUGUAUCCGAUCUUCUGGAUGAGUAUAAGGAUAAAAAGACUGAAGAAGUCCUGAAGAUUGAUGGAGGGCCAUGCUAUUCAAACAGCAGGCGUUGCUGAGACAGAAGCUCCUUGUGCUAGGCAGCCUUGCUAUUGGAAGUCUCCUAUAUCUAGUUGCCAGAGUUGGGAGCUUGGAUAGACUGCAGCCCAUAUGCCCUAUCGAUGGUCGAUUUGGACUCCAUGGCCAAGAUGAAAUUCCACUCCGAGCGCUACAGUUUAAGCGUGGGUUGCUACAUGAGUUCCGGAAGGGCAAUGCCAGCAAGGAGCAAAUUCGACUUCACAGUUUGGUCCAACAGAUUCCCAAGGCCAUAAUAAUUGGGGUGAGGAAGGGUGGAACUCGGGCGCUGCUGGAAAUGCUGAACCUCCACCCAGCAGUGGUCAAAGCUUCUCAAGAAAUCCACUUCUUUGAUAACGAUGAGAACUACGCCAAGGGCAUUGAGUGGUACAGGAAAAAAAUGCCAUUUUCUUAUCCUCAUCAGAUAACCAUUGAGAAAAGUCCAGCAUACUUUAUCACAGAGGAGGUACCUGAAAGGAUUUAUAAAAUGAACUCCUCCAUCAAAUUGCUGAUCAUUGUCAGGGAACCCACAACAAGAGCUAUUUCUGAUUACACUCAGGUGCUGGAGGGGAAAGAAAGGAAAAACAAAACCUACUACAAAUUUGAAAAGCUGGCCAUUGAUCCUAAUACCUGUGAGGUGAACACUAAAUACAAGGCAGUAAGAACGAGCAUCUACACAAAACAUUUGGAGAGGUGGUUAAAAUACUUUCCCAUAGAGCAGUUUCAUAUUGUCGAUGGCGAUCGUCUCAUUACAGAACCACUGCCAGAACUCCAGCUGGUAGAGAAGUUCUUAAAUCUUCCUCCAAGGAUAAGUCAAUAUAAUUUAUAUUUCAAUGCCACCAGAGGGUUUUAUUGCUUGCGGUUUAACAUUGUCUUUAACAAGUGCCUGGCGGGAAGCAAAGGACGCAUCCAUCCGGAGGUGGACUCCUCUGUCAUUACCAAAUUGCGCAAGUUCUUUCACCCUUUUAAUCAGAAAUUUUACCAGAUCACAGGGAGGACAUUUAACUGGCCCUAAAGUAAAUUUCAUACAACACUGUGUGUUGCACCUGGAGAUAUGCCACCGUGUCUCUAUUAGAGUAAAAAAUAUGCACUUUUCGUAUACACAGCUAUCAAAGUAACCCUUUUUCAUGCAUACUUGUAUAUAUGCAGUGUGUGACCAAAUAUAAGGUGGGAUCAAUUUUUCUACAGAGCAGUGAAUAACAUAAAAUUUACUCUCUGCAUAAUUGCAUCGUUUUAUGCUAUACAAUUAAAUGAGAAGGUGUCAUUUAAAGGAAUUAACUCAGCUACUCAGUUCAAAGGGUCAGUACUCUAUUUGCUCCGUAAAAUUUAAUACCAAACAUAUCUAGAGAGAAGGCAGAAUAUUAUGGUAGAAUUCAUUGCAAGAAUUGCAUUGAAAGGUCUAAGAUGGGCUAUUAUGGAUACAUAUCGCUAAAAGAAUAUUGACCCUUUAAAGGUGUAAAUCUAUGCUUCAGGCUUAUAUUGGUUUAACAGUCACUCUUUCAAAGUAACUAUGCUUCUUUGACCAGGGGCAGGGAAUCUGUAAUACAGAAUUCUUACCUGACUACUAUUUCCAGGAUUUUUUAUUGGGGUGGGGGGACCAUACUAAUUAAACUGGCAAAAAACCAAUACAAGUUUGCAGUGUAAAUAUAUCCCUUGUAAUGCUGAGUUCUACUGGAACUCUUUUCCUAUUGUUUGAAAAGAAAUUCUCUCAUGCAAUCAACAUUGUUUCAAAUUUCCUGUGGUGAGUUUGCACUAUUGUUUUUAUUGUAUGGAUCAUCUUGGCACUUGUAGCAUGUCAAUCAUGUGUCGAAAAGGAAGUCUUUCCCCCCCUUCUUUACUUGUACGUUGACAAAGAGAAACCUGCUGUACAUAAUGUAUAUUGUUUGUAAAUACUGGUUUCACACUAAGUAAUUCUAUUUUGUAAACUGAAUAUGGCUAUUUAAUUUAUUGUGAAAAUUAAAUUUAUUGUGGUAUUUAAAAUGGAAUGGAUUAAAAUUGCUAUAUGUG